CAGAGAAUUAUUCGUAUGUCUGUCAGCCUUUCUGUUAAUCUUAACUCUCUGGUUAUUCGUCCAUAUCAUCGUUCCUCUCAUGGCUCCCACUCUUUAAUGACGGGGGCGUUGUUGAAUUCUUUCCUUUGGGAUUGUUGUUGUGGAAUGAGUACUGCUGCCGUGAAUGAAAUGAACAGUCUCCAAUGUCUGUAUCAUCACAAGGCACCGUGCUUUGGCUGCUUGGUUUGCUUUUCUUGUGUUGUAGAAAAAUGGUGCUCCCAUUUUUCUUUGCAGAGGAGAAUUCCGAGAGCAUACUUGGUGUCCCUUUGAUCUGUCACAGAGAUUGUAUGAGGAGAUGAUUGUUCAAGGCAAGUUGAGCGGUUGCAGUUUCAGAUACCAAGCGUUGAAAAUGGUUUGAUGGUCUGAGAUACAAAGAGUUGGAACAUGCCCGUCGCUCUUUCAGACCCAAUUGCAGGGGCCAAGAAAAUCGAUGGAGCUAAGCUGGAUUGAAUUGGGUUUUGUUCAAUCACUGAAAGUUACCUUGAUAGAUUUCCUGCUACUGCUCAUGUCUGCUAAGGCAUCAGAACUUAGCCAUCAGGAGCAAUAUUCCUCUUUCACCCACAUCACACCUCCUUUUUCUCCCGGUCAUUCAGAUGUUCAAAUGGCAGAAUCGUUAAAACCAAUCGGAGUCAUGAGGAAUGAAGAAAGUUCAGAGCUGAUCAUAAUGCAGUCUUCUUGCAAGACAAAAUAAAAUGAUUUCAAAAUAAUUGGCAUGGACAUGAAUGGUUUCUCCCUAUUUGGAAGUCACAAUCUGCACAUGUAAAUGUUGAAUUUCCAAAAUAAGAGUGGGGCACAUUGUGUGGUGUCCUUACAUGAUAGGCCUACAUCAGCUAUGAGAUUAACUAUAGGUAUCAGGCAUGGGUUUUGAGCUAAGGCAUUCAUUCUGAGGAAGGUGAUGUCCCAAAGGAUCAACAUGACAAAACAGAAUUUAAUUGUUCAAGACAGUUCUUCUACAAUAGCAACCUCAGGCAGCACAACUUCCACAGUGUCAGUAGAAAUCUGCAGCUCCCAUUUUCUUAGUGCAUCUGACCUGAAAUCUGGUGCAGUGACCACAAAAAGUGCUGCAAUCUCUGCAAUGGGUUAUGCUGCAAACCCUAGGAAGAACCAACUGCUGAUCAAGAAGUUGGACAUUGGAGGAAGAGUGAACAUGUGGCUCGAUUCCAUGAGAGCUUUGUCACCAACAAGCACCAAACCUGUUCCUCCUCUUGUAGUUGAUGACAAACAGAUGCACCUUCCAUCAGCGUUGAGGAUGUUUGAAGACAUAACGGAAGCAUCAAAAGGCAAGCAGAUCGUCAUUUUUCUAGACUAUGAUGGCACACUCUCACCCAUUGUCGACGAUCCGGACAGAGCCUUCAUGUCUGAUGCGAUGAGAGCGGCCGUGAGAGAUGCAGCCGGGUACUUUCCAACUGCAAUCGUGAGUGGAAGAUGUCUGGAUAAGGUGUAUAGCUUCGUGAGACUAGCCGAGCUCUACUAUGCAGGUAGCCAUGGAAUGGACAUCAAGGGGCCACUCAAGAGCCCAAGAUGCUUGAGAAUGAAUGGUUCCAAGACUUUGGGAAAGAUGAGCAAUCAACCUGUCCUUUUCCAGCCAGCCAGUGAAUUUCUACCCAUGAUCGAUGAGGUUUAUGAAUCACUGGUGGAGAAGACAAAAUGCAUUCCCGGUGCCAAAGUAGAAAACAAUAAGUUCUGUGCAUCUGUGCACUUCCGAUGCGUAGAUGAAAAGAGCUGGAGCACAUUGGCAGAAGAAGUUAGAAGUGUUUUGAAAGGAUACCCCAAAUUAAGUCUAACCCAAGGUAGAAAGGUAUUGGAGAUCAGACCUACCAUCAAAUGGGACAAAGGCAAGGCCCUUGAAUUUUUGUUGGAGUCACUUGGCCUCGCAAACUGCAGCGACGUAUUGCCGGUUUAUAUCGGAGACGACCGUACCGAUGAAGAUGCAUUCAAGGUUCUAAAGGAAAGGGGACAAGGUUUUGGAAUUCUUGUGUCCAAAAUCCCAAAGAAAACUAACGCAUCUUACUCUCUUCAAGAGCCAUCUGAGGUUAUGGACUUUCUUAACAGGCUUGUGGAAUGGAAGCGUUUUUGCUCCAAACAAUCUGAACAUCAACUAGUGAGCAAGAGAUCAGAGAGAAGAAGACCACCCAAGCCAAAAUACUAGAAGCCAAGGAACUAAUGAAGGGGCAGAGGGGGGUUUGCUGAAGCUAUGAGACCCUAAUGUCCUGUUUUGGGAUGUGUAUAUGUAACUACCUACUCUUGACCCAUCUGUUGAAAGAAAAGGAAAAGAGAAAAAUAAUUAUCCAGAUAACCUAAUGACCUCCUUAACAUGCCUCCCCACCACAGAACCCAUUUUGGUAAUUUUGGGUGUCAUAGUUUUUUCUUUUUUUUUUUUUUAACCAUCUGUGUGCUGCAUGUGUGCCUGCGUAAGCAUCGGCUAAUUGUGUAUUUAUCUAGAGAAUCGA